AUGGCCUCGCUCAUGGACGGCGACAAAGAUGAGAAGCUCGACUUGCUUGUCGAAGCGCACGGCAUUGAUGACUCUGUUGCACAUGUAUGUUGUGCCCUGUCGAAGCAGAUUUGUCGAUGUAUGUUACACAAGCGCACAGCUGACAACAGCAAGCAUUUAGAAGGGUUGUGUCUGAAAGUACAACUAGAAAAAGGGCAUGGCUGUAAGACAAGAGGACGUGAACUUGUCCCUCGGAGUUUGUGCUCGGAUGAUACAAGAUGGUGCAAAAUGAUUGGCGCACCCAGUGAGGUGGAAAGCAACUCCAUGGCCAUGAAGUCUGAUGACGUCGUUUGUUUGUUGAUCGAGAAUGACUUUUAA